AUGCAAAGUCCCAAUCUGGCCGACCUCCUCUCCAGUCUGUCCAGCCACGAAGAUGCAGGUCGCAAGAUGGCAGCUUUCAAGCUGCAAUCGCUCAUCAAUGAUCCUUCAUUUGCCGAGCACUUUGUCCUCGCCGGUGGCCUCCCGCUACUACGCUCCCUCAUCCUCGAGAGUACCGGCAAUACGCUUGCCUACAGUUUAGCGAGCUUUGCAAGGUUAUUAGAGGUGGAUCAAGGGUGGGAAGCUGUGGAUGAUCGUGUGGUAGUGGAACUGGUCGUUUGUCAACCGCUGGUUAACAUUCUGCGAGGCGCCAUGGCUAUAUUGGUGUCCAUUGUCUCGCGACCAUUUCACGCCGAUCGGUCAUCGCAGGUGAUUACGCCCGACAAUGCUGGCGGCUUCCAGGCCCUCAAACCCGCAAUUGCAAUCUACCCACAGUUCCUGGAGAUGCUUGUGACGAGGUUGUCAUCUGCCGAUCAUGCUCUGUGUGCAAACGCCUUGCAACUGAUCAACUCUCUCAUGCGUGACGCCAUCACAAAUGACAACGAAACAGAAUGGCCCAAAUUUAUCAAACGGAUCCAAGACCUUGGGGUAAUCAAGGCGGUGUAUGUGCUCAUGCAGAGCUCGGCCCUUCAAGACUUGGCGCAUCCCUUGCUGGAAUUUCAAGCCUUGACCAAAAUCCUGCUCCGACGGUGGAGAGAUGUUCCGGUCGACUUGUUGAAGCCCGAGCAUAGGCGGACGAUCAAAGCAGUCCACCUCUCGAGCAAUCCGGAAAAGCCGCCCCAGCAAGAAGACCGAAACGGUGCUUCGAAACCCAAGCACAAUCCGUACAAAUGGAGACGACUCGGUUUCACGGCAGAGAAUCCAGAACCCGAUUUCGCGGAUAUGGGUUUCUUAGGAAUGAUGGAUCUUUCGGAUUAUGUCCGCAAGCAUCAAGACGAAUUUCAAAGGAUUCUGCUGGAACAAUCCGUUUCCCUCGAGCAAACGCGCUGCCCGUUGGCUCGAGCAAGUCUGACGAUAACGGCAAUUCUUUUUGAGCAUUUCGAGGUAGACAGAAUGGAUCUGGAGGACUCUAAGAGCUACUUGGCCCUCGAAAGUAGGACCAACUUCGACAAAGUGUUCAAGCCGCUCUUAUUGCACUGGGGCCGACUUCAUGUUGCAGGACUACACGCGUUUCUCAGGCUAUGGAAGGCAACCGGUGCCGAGACGGAUGACUUCCCCAAGAUCGUGGAGCUGGUACGGAUAUUGGUAGAGAGUGUCGUGGGUGGCGCAGACCGUACCACAGGCAUCGAAGAAAUUGAGAAAGAAAUGGCUUCGUUCGAAUACAGCAAGCUUCGUGAACUCCAGAUGGAGCUGUUGGAGUUGACUUACGAGGAUGUCUGGGGUCCGCAUCUACGAGGGGCGAAAGAUGAGUUGCGAGGCGAAGGCUUGCAGUUUGUCAAGGAGCAGAGAAUCCGAUGUCUGCUGGCGGGAGCCUGGUUCCCCAACGGCGCCACAUAUUCGGACCAAGAGACGGGCGGCCCGGUCACGGAAAGCUCUCUUCUCCGGAGCGGGCCAGAAAGCUACCGUUACAUCAGGCUUUCAGAUAGCCGAAAACACCUCCACUGGGGCGACUUUGACGAGAAGGAAGAGCAGACACCGUCUACGGCGAGCUUGCCGGGCAAGAUUGACUUGUCCAUCGUCUCGUCUGUGGCUUCAAACGUGACGGCCAACGACCGGUCAUCGAUCAAAUCAGAUUCGACCCUGAAGGAGCUGCCGCAUGACAAGUUCACCACGACCAAGAUCACCAUCCACGGCUAUCUGCCCAAAUCACGUGGCGGACGCGACGGACAUUCCCGGACGUCGUCGAAAACGUCGUCUGCACGAAGUGGAUCGAAAGAGUCCGUAUUACUGACCUUCCAACCCCAAAGCCACAGUGCGGCGUCGGAAUGGCUCGAUGGGCUUUUGAUGCUGUUGGACCAACAGCCCAUUACGACGGAGACCAACAAGCUAAUAAACUUGAUCAGUGAUUAUGGACUCAAGGUCCGCUUGCUCAAUGUGCGAUUCAACGAUGAUGAGGGUAUCGUGGAGGGCCUUGAUGGGAUGGAUGGGCCUCAGAUUCCAAGCCGAGAUGGCUUGGAUGAAGACUAUUACUACGAAAUCUGA